GCAUCAUUGGACAAGCUAGCAUGCUAAGCCUACGAGCAUGUCAGACGAUCUUUAAACAUCAGUAGAGAAGCUGAAGACCUUCUCUGGAAUAUUUUUGUCCCCGACCUCAGCAGGAUAGUCAUUAUAUCAAACGGUGUAGAUGGAGGAACAUGAGAGCAGCGCCCAAGGUCAGGUAACUGUGUACUCCAUCCAGGGCUGCUCUCACUGUGUGCAGGCUAAUGCCACCUUGGGGCACUUUGGACUACCGAUACAUAAUGUGGACUUGGGGAAGCAUCCAGAGCUGAAGACUCGAGUGAAGGAGCUGACUGGCCGCAUCACAGUUCCUCAGAUCUUCUUUAACAGCGUUCAUGUCGGGGGCAAUGAAGACCUGAAGAAACUGUCUCCUGAAGAUCUACAGAGGUUGGUGAUUAUGGUCAAGGAAGAGCCUCUACCCGCUAAUGCUCUACCUCUACCGGAGAAGAAGCCAACCAGGGACACUGUGGCAUCCGAUGGAGAGUUUAUGUGUGAGAGAGAUGCGUUGGCGAACCUGGUAGAGGACCUCAAACAUGGCAGGGUGAUUGGCUCUCAUUGGAGAGGGCUGAAUUUAUACAAAAAAAGCUUUUCAGGUAAACAACUGGUUCACUGGCUGCAGAAAGAGAAGGGCAUGGCCACAGCUGAGGCCUCUAAAACUGGCCAGGAAUUGUUGCAGAAGAAGUACAUGGUGUGUGUGCACGGCUGCACACAGAAGGAUGGCCAUUUUGGAGAGGGGAAGGAUCCUGAGCACUCAUUGUACAGGUUGCUGGAGCAUGACCCUCAUUCAGCCCUCAAUGCAGGACAAACGGCAACCUGCAGCCCCAUUCAGGCUACUGAGCUGUCUUUACUUUUACGGGAGAUGAUUCUGAGAUUGUUCUCUGAGCAUCUCUCUGCUGAUGGCAAGUCUGUGGACUACAAAGGCAUGUUGGUAAACCCUGCAUUUGAGCGGUAUUGUGAGCUUGCCAUCCAGCUGCAGAGAGUGGAGCUGCUUUCACUGAGCCGUGAAGAGAAGCUGGCCUUUUUCAUCAACAUCUAUAACGCCUUGGUCAUCCACGGAAAUCUUCGCUUUGGCAUUCCCACCAAUAUGUGGCAAAGAUACAGAUUUUUCAACUAUGUGAGCUACCUGAUUGGAGGUGAGGUUUUCACAUUACAAGACAUUGAGAAUGGCAUCCUGAGGGGGAACAGAAAAGGUGUUGCACAGAUUCAACGGCCUUUCUCCAAAACGGACCCACGGCUACAAGUGGCUCUUCCUGAUGCUGAACCUCUCAUUCACUUUGCCUUGAACUGUGGUGCAAAGGGCUGCCCACCAAUUAAAACAUACACACCACAGGACAUCGAUAGUCAGUUGCGUACAGCAGCUGAGGCCUUCCUGGAGAAUGACGAUGGCUGUGUGGUGGAUACUGGAAAAAGAGAAGUGCGACUCAGUCAGAUAUUCAGGUGGUACAAAGCUGACUUUGGAGGCACUGAUGAAAAGCUGUUGAAUUGGGUGCUGGAGCACAUGGGCGACUCUCCGAAGAAGACCAGCCUGCAGAGUGUCCUUUCUGCUGGGAAGACCAAAGUCACCUACCUCCCUUAUGACUGGAGCACCAACAGCACUCACUGACGCACAUACAUAUCUACAUGCACACAAUGUCUUCCUGCAUCUUUGUACUUACUGCUGAGCUGGAUUCGCAUUGAAAAUCAGGAGGUUUUACAAGGCAAAUAAUCUUAUGCAAAACAAACUCUGGUUCCUUGUCAGAGGAGCGUCUGUUGUACGUCCUGUGUUUGGAAGUCAUGACACUGAACAAUAUAGAGUUCGCUUCCUGAACACUUUUGGGUGUAUUUUAUGCACUUUUGCCUGGUGAACACAAAAAUCACUUUAAAGUUUUCUGUAUGCAGUUGUAUUCAAAAUGAUAGCAGUGUGUUUAAAAAAAAAAAGUGAAAGCUUAAAAUCUUUAAAAAGCUUUUAUUUCCAUACACGCAAAAAUACAUUGAGAGCACUGCACAUUCUUUUCCAAAUUAAAACAUGACAAAAUGUUUUUAGGAAUAUUAGGCUGUUCAAAAAUGGCAGUGUCUGCAUUUUUCUUUACAAUCUCAAACAUUUACUGUAUAAACUGAAAAAUGCCUGAAGAUUAAGCUUUUCUGUGAAUCACUGAAUUAAUAUUUUGUUGUAUAACCAUUGUUUCUGAGAACUGCUUCACAUCUGUGUUGCAUGGAGUCAACCAAAUUCUGGCAGUGUGAGCAGGUAUUCCAGCCCAGGACAAUUGGACUACAUUCCACAGUUCCUCUGCAUUUCUUGGUUUUGCAUCAGGGACAGCAUUUUUUGAUGUCACCCUACAUGCUUUCUCUUGGAUUAAAGUCCCAGGAUUGGGCUGGCCACUCCAUAACAUUAAACUUGUUGGUCUGGACCCAAGAUGUUGCUCACUUGCUGGUGUGUUUUGGGUCAUUGUCUUGUUGAAAUACCCAUUUCAAGGGCAUUUCUUCUUAAGCAUCAGGCAGCAUGACCUCUUCAAGUAUGUUGAUGUUUUCCAACUUAUCCAUGAUCCCUGGUAUGUGAUAAACAGGCUUGACACCAUAGUAUGAGAAACAUGUGGCUUGAAUUUAGUUUUUGGAGUCAUCUGACAAACUGUUUGUGGCCCCAUGACGCAAAAAGAACAACCUUGAUUUCAUCAGUCCACAAAAUGUUGCGCCAUUUCUCUUUAGGCCAGUCAGUGUGUUCUUUGACAAAUUGUAACCUCUUCAGCAUGUUAUUUUGUUCAAAAAUGGGACUUGGGGGGGGGGUUGUAGCCCAUAGCUUGUCUUCACAUACGUAGGCGUCUUCUAAUUGUUACAAUACUCACAGGUAACCUUCUUUGAUCACCCUAGAGUCUUUGCCAUUCUUGCUAUUCUUCAAUCCUUUCGAAUGGUGGUUUUCCAUUUUCUUCCACGUCUUUCUGUUUUUUCUUUCCUUUUUAAACCAUUUGAGAUCAUUUUAGCUGAGUACCAUAUAAUUUUCUGUACUUCUUUCUUUUUCCCUCUCCAGUCAACUUUUUAAUCAAAGUACACUGUUCUGCUGAACAAUGUCUGGAACGACCCAUUUUACUCAGAUUUUCAGAGAGACAUGUACGACAAUCAUGUAAGAGUGUAACAAGGAUAACAGAAAGAAAAAUUCAGACACUGCUAUUUUUAUGAACAGCCUGAUAUUACGUUUUCUUCACUUUCUGCAAAG